AUGGAUGUUGUCUGCCUCAUCAUUAUUGUCGCUGCUGCUGCUGCUGCUGCUACUGCUGCUGCUACUGCUGAAAAGAGAAGAAGCGAAGUGUUGGCUAAACCUAGGCGGAGGGAGGAGCGUGAGCAUGAACAAGGAGCGGCUCAUUUAGAGCCGUCCAUAUCUGCCGAUGAGGAUAUUGACUUUGAAAAUGAUUUGACCUAUUUACUUACUAAUAAAGAAGUAGAGAAGACUCAAGCAGAAACAGUAUAUAUACCUAAAGAACUGAUUUCUGAGAUUGAGAUUGAGAUUGGAGUAGGGAAUAAUAGACGUGGUAAAAACAAGAAAAGUUCAACAAGUAAUAAUGGAAAUAAUAAUAAGAGCAAUUGUCAUUCUCAUCAUUUCACGGUAGCGGAAGUUAUUCUGGACAUGGCUGGCCUUGACUUUUCAAGUGAUAAUGAGGAUGAAUUUGUUGAGAUUGAUGAGAUGGUAAUGGUAGAUCAAAACACACAAGGUUCUUUGAAAAAACUGAAACAAUAUCCUAGUGGUAUUUCUUUGAGCGCUCAAGACAAGCACAAAGAUAAGUCAGGAAAGGUCACAAAUGGGAAAGUACUGGCUGAUUUAGCCACCGAAGGGAAACAAAAGAGAAAGAGAAAGAGCCUGAAAAAGUCCAGGAACUCUCCUUCUACAUUGUCGAACGAAAAAGACAGGAAUCAAGGAAUAGGGGAAAUUGAAACCGUGUCUCAAGAAGAACAAGAGAAAAAUAGAGGUGAAAGGAGUUUAGAACAGAAAGGGAACCAAAAGACUAUAAUAAAAGAAGUGAAAUUGAAAACUGAAGAUUCCCGUAUCUACACAAAUAACAAACCCGUUGACGGAAAAACUCCAAACAGGAUAGAUACACCUAACAAUCAGCAACAUUCACCAAAUGAAUCCGUAUAUAAGGAACAAGCUCCAAUCAUGGAUGACGUAACCAACAAGCAAUUGCUGAAGGAAGGGCGUGAAGGCAUCAAAAAAAUGACGCGGAGAGAAAAGAGAGAAAUGAGAAGAAAAGAGUUUAAGAAGCAAAAGGAGGAGGUGCAAAAGGAGGAGGUGGUGCAAAAGGAGGAGGUGGUGCAAAAGGAGGAGGUGGUGCAAAAGGAGGAGGAGGUGCAAAAGGAGGAGGAGGUGCAAAAGAAGGAGGAGGUGCAAAAGAAGGAGGUGCAAAAGGAGGAUGAGGAGCAGACUUCAAUAAAGACAAGUCGACAGAAGUGUUCUACAAUCAGUUCAAGUAGUAGCACGAGAUUUGGUGUAACCCUAAAUUCAGUUAAUUCAGCAAGCAAAGCAUUUGUUGACAGGUUACCAGAAGCUCAGCCCAUAAGAACCAUUAUUGGUGUAUCGCACAAGCAAAUCCUUGAAAAUGAUUUAUCAGAUGUUAAAAUCAAAACAAUAUUAAACUCAUCAUCGGUGUCUAAAUAUGCACAGCUUUGCAAGACUUUUACUUUCAAAAAUUCAGAAUCAUUAUUUGCAAACGAAGAAUUCAAGCAGAUGUUUUUUCAAUUAUGCGUAAAUGUAGCUUUGUUUGAAUCAUCUGGGUUUAGCAAAACGAUGUUGAAAUAUCCUCAAUUAAUGACUAUUCUCAGUGAUUAUCCUGAACUCAAAUUAGAAAACACUAGAACUUCCAUUACUGCGUCAAAAAAGAAUUCCCAUUCUCACGAUUUGGAUUAUUCUAUUUUCGCAUACCUCGGUCAUAUCCUAAUUUGGGCCAUCUUUUUACAACGUGGGGCUCAUAUGCCUUUGUUGAGUGAAGAGUAUGGCAUUGAUGUAACACCAAAGACGGUUAGAUCAAAAAUCGGUGGAUUGCAUUUAUGGGAUAAAAUAUUUAGAGAAUUGAAAGGUAUGAACUCAAAGCGUUGGAAACACAUUCUAAAAUUUAGAAAUAGCUUCUUAUUUGAAGAAGACCAGAUAGUGAUCAUCUUGAGAUUUAUGAAGACAAAAAAUAUCCCAUGA